AAAGAAGAGGGAAUAAGCGGUUCUGUGCGUCCAUUAAGGAAACUAGAGCAGGAAACAUGGCCAGAAAUUACCCAGAUAAUGUCAAGGAACACACUACCAUCGUCACGGAUCGUAAGCCGGGAUUCUUGGAGCGUCUCAGUGAUACUGCUGGGGGAAUGCUGAUCGGAUUCCUUGCCUUUUCAUUUUCCUUCUACGUUUUGUUUACUAAUGAGGGCAGAGCAGUACAGACUACAGCUUCACUGGAUGAGGGGCUUUCCACUGUGACGUCUUUAAGUAAUAUUCUUAGAAUAGACCCCAUAAAUGAAGACAAAUUAGUGCAUAUAUCAGGUGCACUGAAGACAUCCAAGCCUUUGUAUGAUCCGAACUAUGGUGUUUCUAUCCAUUGCGUGAAGUUGAAACGUCAGGUUGAGAUGUACCAGUGGGUGGAAUAUGAAGAGUCAAAGGAGUACGAAGAGAAUGGAGAAACAAAGAGAGAGACAAUCUACACCUACAACACAGAAUGGAAAUCCGAGGUUGUGAGCAGCAGGCAUUUUGACAGAGAGAUUGCACAUCGCAACCCCAGUGCUAUGGCUGUGGAGUCCUUCACCGCGGUUGCUUCUGAGGUGGAGGUUGGAGAGUUCUCUUUGGGAAAAGGAUUGAUUGAUAAAAUUGAGAACUUUAAGCAAAUGAGCUUAGAGCAGAUGGGCAACCCUCAUGUUGAUGUCACAGCUCAAGGGGACUAUUUCUACCAAAGUGCCAACCCGAAGAAUCCAGAGGUAGGAGACCUGCGCAUCUCUUUCUGGUAUGCUGGCGUUUCCUUGGGUUCAUCUCAGUACGGAGCUGCGGACAUGGUGAGUGUGAUUGCACGGCAAAGAGGAGAGGUGCUCAUGCCGUACAAAACCAAGUCCGGAGACACCUUGGAGUUGCUGUAUAUGGGGACUCACUCUGCAGAGGAAAUGUUUCAAGAAGAACACCAGAGCAAUAAUUUUAAGACUUGGGCUCUUCGGGGUGCUGGAUGGCUACUGAUGUUCAUUGGUGUUUCCCUAAUGACCAGAAUCUUGUACACACUGGUGGACUGGUUACCUAUUCUGCGGGACCUGGUCAGUCUUGGCCUGAAGAUCUUUGCUUUGUCCGUGUCUGCAUCUCUGUCUUUAAUGACCAUUGCAGCAGGAUGGUUUUUCUAUCGGCCGCUCAUGUCGCUGGUUCUAAGUGUCUUUGCCGUUGGAAUCCUCGUACUGGCCAAGUCACAGGUUCCACACAAGAAGUACCAGUAGUGCCAUCUUUCUAAUGUUCUGGGGGCUGUUGUCGUGCUUGUAAAGCUUUAUUGUAAGGUUGAUUUGGAUUAAAUUCCAGGGACAAAGCUUUUGCUUACUGUUGGUCAUUGUUAACAUUUUAAACUUCCACUGAGAUUUAAAAAGAGAAAAGCUGAUACUCCCUUUCACCUACUUGUAGGUCUGCCAGCUAUUCUUAAUGUUAGCUGAAUGUCAGGGCAGCUAUAAUAUAGCAUCAGCGAGAUCCCUUACUGUUACAUGUUAGAUUCUUAAGCAAUGAACUAGUGAACAGCGUAUGAGCAGCCUAUUGCUAAUACAAUCUCCUUCACUAACUGG